AUGUCGCAUAAUAUCCUCAUCACCGGCGCUUCCGGGUAUCUAGGUGGAACCAUCCUCGCCCGCUGGGAAAGAGCUAAGCUUCCGCCCUACCGAACGCUCUACGCUCUCGUCCGCACUAAGGAGCAAGGUGAAGCUGUCAAAAAAUAUGGCGCUGAACCUAUCUCCUUCGAUAUCAAAGAAGAAGCUAGCAUAAGGACUGCCAUAAUCGAGAAUGAAAUCACCGUGGUCUACUUUCUGGUUGACGCCAUGACUUCGGUGUCUCAAAUUCCCAUGAUAAAAGCACUUGCAGGAGUGAAGGAGAGAACUGGAAAAGAGGUCCACUUCUUGCAUACGUCCGGCGCUAAGAUAUUCAGCAACCAUGCUGGACUUCCAACGGAUCGGCCCAUCCUUGACAAUGACCCCGAGCUCUAUGGCCUGCAGAAAAGUUCUGUUCCAAAAUACGGCGUGGCUCAAAUGGCUCUAUCAACAAACAACAACGUGAUAGACACAGCGGACGCACAUGGCGUGAAAAGUUACAUCUUCGUACCAUGCAUUGUGUAUGGUGAAGGGGAAGGAUUCGGGAAUCCGAUAUCAAUUCAGACCGUCGCCAUUGUCAAAGCUGCUAAAGCUCUUGGACGAGUUUAUCGCCCUGAUAGCGGAGAGUUUAGCUGGCCUGUCAGUCAUGUCGCAGAUACCGCCAAUCUCUAUCUGGAAAUUUUGAGAGGGAUAUUAAAUGGAAAGAACAUUGGAUACGGACGGAAUGGGUAUUAUUUGGCUGCAAGCGGAAGUGUGCCAUGGAAUGAUAUCUACCGUGCAAUGGCGCAGACUCUGGCGCAGCGCAAUGUGAUUGAAACAGACAAGGUGAAUCUGGCGGACGACUCGGCUCAAGAGGAAAUGGGCAGGGCGCUUGGGUGUCCAAAGGAUAUGGUUUCGCUCUUUUUGGGUGGAAAAUGUACUCUCGAAGCUCAGCACGGACGCGAGAUUGGCUGGAUGCCUCAUUAUCCGCCGGAGCAUAUACUAGAUGUGGCUGAUGCUGAAGUUGAUCUGAUCCUGAAGAACAUCUAG